AUGCCAUUCUCACUUGAUAAGACCGAUUGUGGUAUUCUUUCAUCAAUCCUCGCCAUCUUGGUCACUUUCAUCCUAGCAAAGGGAAAAAUAUUUGGUACUGGAAACAAAGAAGAUGUCAGUGCAUCGUCCAAAUCAAGAAAUAUUGUUGAAGUCAUUGAGGAAUGUGACAAGAAAGCUGUGGUGAUCUAUGCUUCUCAGACUGGUACUGCUGAAGACUACGCCACAAAAUUCGGACGUGAAUUCCAAUCAAGAUUCCAACUAUCCACCUUGGUUGCCGACUCCGACGAUUAUGACCUCGAUAACUUAAACGAAAUCCCUGAAGACGUUUUGGUGUUCUUCUUUAUCUCCAGUUAUGGUGAAGGUGAACUUCCUGACUCUGCCACAGAAUUUAAUGAAUACUUGGAUACCAUUGACGAAGGUGAUUUGCAAAACUUGAAUUAUACCAUCUUCGGUUUGGGUAACUCCACCUACGAGUUUUACAACGGUGCUGCCAAAAAGGUCGACAAAGACUUGAUCAAAGCAGGUGCCACUAAAUUUGUUCCAUAUGGUGAUGGUGACGAUGGUGCUGGCACUUUAGAUGAAGAUUUCUUGGCUUGGAAAGAAAAGACUUUUGAAACUUUAAAAAACACUUUGUCGUUGAAAGAAGUCGAAGCUAAAUAUCAACCUGCCGUAUCUGUGGUUGAAAGCGCCGAAUUAUUCUCUUCUUCCGACGAUGUGUUCCUUGGCGAGCAUCACAGAGCUUACUUAGUUGAAGACCAUGCAAAACUAAACUUAGGUCCUUUUGAUCACAGCUUCCCAUACUUGGCCCCUGUCACUAAAUCUAAAGAACUAUUUAUUUCUCAAACUCGCCAUUGCAUUCACGCUGAAUUUGAUUUAUCUGGAUCCAAUUUGAAAUAUUCCACUGGUGACCAUCUAGCCAUUUUGCCACCAAAUUCUAAUGAGGAAGUGGACAAUUUCUUGAAAGCUUUCGGAUUAUUGGAAAAGAGAAACCAAGUUGUGGUUAUUAAACCUCUCGAUACCACUUCCAGCCAUUCCUUCCCAUCCCCAACCACUUUUGACAGCAUCGCACGUUACUAUUUGGAAAUCACUGGGGCAGUCUCCAGACAAUUUUUGGGCUCAAUUAGUGAAUUUGCUCCAUCUCAGCAAGUCAAAGAUUUGGCCACCAAGCUUUCCAAGGACAAAGAUUUGUUCCAUAAAGAAAUCACUUCCAAGAAAUUCAACAUCUCUGACGCUUUAUUGUAUUUAUCUCAAGAUGCCCCAUGGACUACCGUCCCUAACAGUUUUAUCGUAGACUCCGUUCCAAACCUACAACCACGUUUCUACUCCAUUUCUUCAUCGUCAAUUUCUGAAAAGACUACAAUUCAUGUCACUGCCGUGGUUGAAGCGGAAACCGCACCAACUGCCGAUAAGAAAUAUGUCACUGGUGUUACCACUAAUUUAUUGCAUAGCUUGGAAGUCAACCAAAAUGCGAAGAACGAUCAAUUGUACGCUACUUACGACUUGGACGGUCCAAGAGGUAAAUUUUCAGCUACUAAAUUACCAGUCUUUGUCCGCCGUUCCAACUUCAAAUUGCCAACUAAUCCUGCUUUACCAAUCAUCUUGGUUGGACCAGGUACCGGUGUUGCCCCAUUGAGAGGUUUCGUUAGAGAAAGAGUCGCCAUGGCUAAAAUGGGAACUAAGAUUGGUAAGGUCAUUUUGUUUUUUGGCUCAAGAAGAUCCGACGAAGAUUACCUUUACAAAGAAGAAUGGGUCGAAUAUGCUAAGAUUUUGGGUGAGAACUUUGAAAUUGUGACUGCCUUCUCCAGAGAAACCAGUGAAAAAGUAUACGUUCAACACAAGAUGUUGGAAAAAUCUAAAGAACUUGUUGAACUUAUUGACCAAAAGGCUUUCAUCUACGUUUGUGGUGAUGCUUCUAACAUGGCCAGAUCCGUCCAAGGGGCUUUGGCCACUGUCUUGUCCAAGGAAAAGGGCAUUACAGAAGAUGCUGCAGCUGAAACUCUCAGAAAAUACAAAUCUAUUAACAGAUACCAAGAAGACGUUUGGUAA